AUGUCGUUCUCCGGCCGCCGCCUAAGUCUCCUGCGCCCCUCUGACAAUCGCCGCUCUUCCGCAGCCAAGGACCUCUCCACCAACGAGCUUCACUCCGAAACGCAUCGGCAGUUCCGUGCCGCCCACGAAGGCCACCGUCCUCACGCCGGUCUCGAUGCGUCCCGUGCCUCCACCGGUGUGGUCUGGUGUACGGAACGAGCGUCCGAACAUGGCUACGCCGAAGAUCCCUCUGGCUGGGCCAACCUAGGCCAGGGUGCUCCUGAGGCCGACGAUGAGAUCGAGGGGAGCUUCCCCCGCCCGACGUCGAUCCCCAUCGCCUCCGCCUCACGGGAGUACGGCCCGACCGCCGGUAUCAAGCCGCUCCGCGCUGCCGUCGCUCGUCUGUACAACGACCACUACCGCCAGGGCAAGGAGAGCCAGUAUACCUGGGAGAAUGUUUGCAUUGUGCCCGGCGGUCGCGCCGGUCUGAUUCGUAUUGCUGCCAUCCUGGGCAACUCAUACCUGUCUUUCCCUAUUCCCGACUACUCUGCGUACUCGGAGAUGCUGAGUCUGUUCAAGAAUAUUGCACCUAUCCCUAUCCCUCUCUCUGCAGACGACCACUAUCAUAUUCACCCCAAUAAGAUCGCCGAGGAAAUCGCCCGCGGCACCCAGGUCCUUUUGACCUCUAACCCCCGUAACCCUACAGGUCACUUCGUGUCCGAGGAUGAACUUAUCGAGAUCCAAGAUCUCUGCCGUGACCGCGCGACUCUCAUCCUGGAUGAAUUCUACGGUGGCUACAACUACACGACCGGUUGCGAUGGAACGACAAUCAGUGGUGCUGCCAACGUCGUCGACGUUGAUAAGGAUGACGUUCUCCUCAUUGAUGGUAUGACCAAGCGAUUCCGCCUGCCAGGCUGGCGUAUCGCGUGGGUCGUGGGCCCCAAGGAAUUCGUCAACGCCCUGGGCUCCGCAGGUUCCUAUCUGGACGGUGGUGCCAACGUGCCCUUCCAGGAGGCCGCCAUCCCCAUGCUUGAUCCCAAACUGGUUCACACAGAGAUGAAGGCUCUGCAGUCGCAUUUCGUCGUGAAGCGCGACUACGUCCUGAAGCGUCUGCACGAAAUUGGUUUCCGGGUCCAGGACGUGCCUCAGGCCACCUUCUACGUCUGGUUGGAUCUGACCUCCCUGGACCCCCCUCUGCCUCCUCAGGCUAAUAUCUCCGACGGUCUGAACUUCUUCAACGCUCUUCUCACGGAGAAGGUCAUCGUUGUCCCUGGUAUCUUCUUCGAUCUGAACCCGGCUAAGCGUCGUGAUCUGUUCGACAGUCCCUGUCACCACUUUGUUCGUCUCAGUUACGGACCUAAGAUGGAUGUGCUGAAGAUGGGUCUGGACGGUAUUGAGCGCGUGAUUAACCGCGCGCGUGAGCUUGGUGUGGCCAAGUGGGAAGAUGAGGUUGCGAUCUCAGAUGAUUAG